AGCAAAACUGCUGUGGGCCCUGCGUGGGCUAAAUCACAUGGGGUCCAUGUGGGAUAAGUAUGGGUUUGCCUUGCCCACACUGUCCCAUACAGUAAACCCACAUCAACAGUACCUACGGUGGGCCCGCUUGCUCAUGUUUGAUAGGGUACUGUUCUGUUCAUGUGGUCAUAUGUAGACCAUAUCUAUCUCAAAGUUUGACAUACCAUGCGUUCUGAGAUGCUUUUACAAGCAUCAGCGAGGGAAACAAGGUGUUUCCCUAACUGGAUGUUUUGUUUAAUUGUUUUGCGCACCGUUCGGUGUAAACUCUAGAUACUUCUAUGUGUGAAAAUCCCCACACACCAGCAAUUUCUGAAAUACUUAAACUAGCCAAUCUGACACCAAUAACAACGCCAUGGUUAAAGUCACAGAGAUCACAUUUCCCCCCAUUCUGAUGUUUGAUGUGAACAUUAAAUGAAGCUCUUGAUCUGAAUCUGCGUGCUAAUUCUGUAUCAGGAUUUCUGCCUGGCUGCUUUUUUUCAGUGAGUUUGUCUUCUUCUUUAUCUCUAAAUCUAUCUGUAUUCUGCAUUAGCCAGCAUCGUUGUCAUUUAUCCAGCUUUACCACUGAAUCAAUCAAUCUCUCUCUCUCUCUCUCUCUCUCUCUCUCUCUCUUAUUCACACACACACUCUCUCUCUCUCUCACUCUCUCUCAUUGCUGAAUGGCUGGGAGUGUGGCGUGAAAGGAGGACCAGUAGGCAUGCAGGAGGUGGAGAAAACAGAGACGAGUGUUUCACUGUAAUAAUCCAGUGGGAGCUGAUGCUCAUUUCCACCAUCUCUUGAUUGCUUUGGCGUUCACACGUAUACACAUGUGGCUGCUGCUGUAGACGGCAGCUUCAGACUCUCGGUGUACUGGAUGGAGGCACAGGGAGGGGCAGGUAGCCCAGAUGAGACUAAAAAAGGCCAGAAGCUGCUGAAGCCCUCGACGUCAGGAGAACUGUCAAAAGAGCCGUUCCAUCAUUGCCUGGGUGAGGAGGACAGAGUAAUUCCCGGACACACCCCAAGCCUGCUGCAUGUCACUGACAGACGGCGUGAGUUCCGGGAGCCUCUGAGCAGCGUUUCCUCUCUCGAGGUUCACUUCGACUUGCUCGACCUGACAGAACUCACGGACAUGUCCGACCAGGAGCUGGCCGAAGUCUUCGUCGAUUCUGAUGAAGAAAACCCAGAGUCACCUGCAAGUUAUCACCACCACCCAGGCAGAGGAAGCUACCUGCGCUCUCCCUCUUGGACACGCUACAGUAAGGAGGAGCAGUCGCACGACCGGAAGCACCACAGCGAUUCAGACAGCACCGAGUCCUCUCACAAACUGGAACGACCCAAAAAACCAUGAGAGAAACACAGCCGACACACACACACACACACACACACAUCUGGGUCACGUUAACACACAGACCCGUGGUGCUAAAGACAAUAAAAUGUGAUCUCAUGCUCUCGUCCUCUCGUACAGGAAGUGUGGCAGCGACACAGAGCAACACAAACAGCCCUGUCUCUGUAUACAUCUGAGUCUUAUGAAGGGCUUUCAUUUGUCUGGGUCACUGAAGACGUUUAUUUUAUAAGGAGCUAUAAGCUUCAAGUAAGACCUGUCGAACCAGGACAGGAGUUAGCGAGACGUCAUAACAGCUUUGUGUUUGAGUGACGUAUAAUUUGCUGCUUUAAAAAAAAUGAAUGAAGUGAGUGUAAAUAAUAAUGCUCCAUAAGCAAGGCUGAAAGGAAGCCAUCAGAAAAGCCUGUAUAUUAACACACACACACACACACACAAAUGCUCAGAUGCCAAGAACAUUUUUUAAACACUGUGUACUAUAGACAUUUCUUAACCCUUAAAAAUAGAAUAAAUGGUUAAUCAGCUCUCCAGUUUGAAAGCAGAUGAUUGUGAUUUAGGUUUCUUCUGAUCAUUACUGUAGACAUUAAAGGUGUGUUUAGUGACUUUGCCAAUAGAACAUAUAAAACUGAAUGUAUUUACCCACACAGGCUUUCUCCGUUGAGCAGAUAUUUUAUUACAGCUGAAAUGGGAAAUUAAAACGGAUCUACAUCAUGAAAAUUAACUUUCUCCUCAGUUUAAAUGGUCUGCACUUAUAUAGCGCUUUUAUCCAAAGUUCUUUACACUGUGUCUCAUUCACCCAUUCGCUCACACACACAACAAUGGUAGCAGAGCUGCCAUGCAAGGCGCUAACUUGCCAUCGGAAGCAACUUGGGGUUCAGUGUCUUGCCCAGAGACACUUCAUGUGGAGUCACGUGG